AAAUGUUCGCAGAAUUGGAUAAUUCACUAAUCUAUGAUGGAGGACGAGACAGCACGGUUUAAGGUCUCGAAAUAAUGGAUCUCUGACGGUGCAACAUUCCGUCAGCAUUCGCAGACUAUCCCCUUAGACUAUCUCCACUCUGGGAUUUAAGAGACCACACUCCCAAAAGUGAAAAUUGACUUAUUUUUUCUCUAUCUUUACCGAAGUGCUAUUGAAUCGGACUUUUACCUCGAUAUUCUUAAAUUCAUAAAUUAUCGGAGCAGAAUUAGGGCUAUUCGGCCCAUCAAGUUUACUCCGCCAUUCACUCGUGGCUGACCUAUCUCUCCCUCUCAACCCCAUUCUCCCCGUCACCCCUGACACAAUACUAAUCAAAAGCUGGAUUGGGGAACAACUUAAUUCAGAAAUCGAGUCUUUAAAGUCUCCUUCAAGCAACAAACAAUGUCGCCUGGGACCGAGUGAGAUGCGUAAAUGAUAAAUAGUUGCCGGUUCCAAGUAGGUCAAGUGUGCUGUGAUAUCAUGCUGUGAUAUUCCCGCAGCAACAUUUACAACUGUUCCCAUAACAUCUCAGUGUCGGGUCCAGCUUUAACGGGUUCCAGUGAAAUCCCUGUAGCUGCUGUUUAAUCUAAAGGGGGGUUUAACCUAUUUACUUGUAUUCCUUCAGUGACUCGAUGCGCGCAAGCUGCCCACUAUUAACACAGUGGACACGGGAUGGACAUCUGACCACCAUUCAGCGCUCUACAGUCAAUGUUAUGUUCCUUUCCUCAAAAUGCCGCAUUUCGACCGGCUGUCCAUUCCUUCCAAAUCAAACUUGGUGAAGCUGCAUUGCGGGCAGACGGCAUCGCCGGAGCGCAGUCAGUCAGUUUGAGGGGAGCAGUGAAUGAAUGCAUGAAGCGCAACUUAUAAGCUCCGGGCCCGGGCUGGGAUACUGCCAGUUCCCAUUCCUUGCCUCGGGGCUGUGCGGAAACUGGUGGCCGGCAGUUGCAACGAGAAGGCGUGAAUCCACAAAGGAAUGAUUGCGUUCCGUGUUCCUGACAUCCCGCCUCUCCUUAGUUUCAGGAGCAAAGUCAGGAUUGAAUGCGGGCAACUUCCCCUCUCUGGGCUGACGGAUACUAGCUAGCCGAAGUAUUCCUCUAGCCUCUCAGUGUGAAGAAGGGUCUCGACCCGAAACGUCACCCAUCCCUCCUCCCCAGAGAUGCUGCCUGACCCGCAUAGUUACUCCACCACUUUGUGUCUAUUCCUCCAGAUCGCUGUGCUCUAAGUCGCUCUUGGAUUGACACUGCCCUGCAAAGGGUCUUCUCCAAACUUGGGUGGCGCGCCCCAUUCAUCCUGCUCCCUUGCCCGGCUUCUGCUCCGAGAGAAUCUACCAUUCAAUGGUAUCUGCAGUCCUCCUGCACGACCAGGUUCCGUGGAUCAAUAAGAAAGACUACGUCUCUCGUUAACAAGUUGUGGGGGGUUUUCCAUGGGAUACCCAUAACGAUGGAAGAUCAGACCAAAGUCCAAAUAAUCACCAUAAUGGGCAAGUCGGAAAGCCAGAUGGACAUCGUGGAGAAAUCGACAAAAUUGAUAAAGAAAAGUUGGAGCUUGGUUGAAAUCGCGCUCAGUGUGUUACUCCUCCUCACGACGAGCGCAGUGGUGGCCUUGGUUGUCCUGUAUACAACACAACAAGACAAGCAGUUCCCCAGCAGCGUGGACAAAGUGUGCAUGACCGCGGGCUGUGUGGCAGCUGCUGCAAGGCUGAUCCAGAAUAUGGAUCCAUCUGUUUCACCAUGUGAAGAUUUUUACAAAUAUGCCUGUGGAGGGUGGCUGAACAGGCACAUCAUACCCGAAACCAGCUCCAGAUACAGUAUAUUUGAUAUUCUGAGAGAUGAGCUGGAAAUCAUCCUCAAAGGUGUCUUGGAGAGACCGGAUGAUGGAGAUCGUGAUGCUUUUAAGAAAGCCAAACAACUGUAUAAAUCCUGUAUCAAUGACACUUUAAUUGCCGAGCGAGACUCUGAACCUCUGUUAACUCUGUUGGACUCCGUUGGAGGAUGGCCAGUUGCUGAACCUGACUGGGACGUUGUGGAGGAGCCUGGUUGGAGUUUGGAAAUCAUCCUGCCACAGCUGAAUGUCAACUACAAUAAGAGGGUGGUAGUGGAAAUGUUCGUUUGGAUGGAUGAUAGGGACUCGAGUAGACACAUCAUUUAUAUUGAUCAACCCAGCCUGGGGAUGCCCUCCAGGGAUUAUUACUUCAGGGAUGGUAACUACAAGAGGGUACGUGAAGCCUAUUUGCAGUUUAUGAUUGGAGUUGCAAAGAUGAUCAGAGAAGACAGAAACAUGACAAAAAAUGACUCCUUUGUCGAAGACGAAAUGAUGAAAGUGCUGGAGCUUGAAAUUGAAAUGGCAAAUGCAACCGCAGAGGGGAGGCAUGACGUUACACAGAUGUACAACAAAAUGACGCUUGCUCAGCUUCAAACAAAGUUUGACCUCCAAGGAUUUAACUGGAUGCAGUUCAUUCAGGGGAUCAUGUCAAGUGUCCACGUUGAAGUUCACCCAGAAGAAGAAAUUGUGGUCUAUGGCACUGAAUAUCUUCAGAAACUUAAGUACAUCCUCCCCAAAUAUUCCAAGAGCACUCUUCAGAACUAUCUGGUCUGGCGGCUGGUUAUAGAUCGUGUUAGCAACUUGAGCAGGCGAUUUAAGGAUGCCCGGGCAAACUACCGCAAGGCGUUGUAUGGUACCAGCGUGGAAGAGGCACGGUGGCGAGAAUGUGCCAGCUACAUCAAUGGCAACAUGGAAAAUGCUGUGGGAGCCCUUUAUGUCAGGGAGGCAUUUGCUGGCGAGAGUAAGAGAAUGGUGAAGGAUUUAAUUGAUAAAAUCCGAGAAGUGUUCAUUGAAACUUUGGACGAAUUAGAAUGGAUGGAUCCAGCUUCGAAGCAGAAAGCACAAGAAAAGGCGAUGGCAAUAAAAGAGCAAAUUGGAUAUCCAGACUAUAUACUGCAAGAGGACAAUCCCAGUUUGGAUCAGGAGUAUGCUCACUUAAACUUCAGUGAAGGCAAAUACUUUGAGAAUAUUCUUGAAAAUCUGAAGGCUGGAGCACAAAAGGGUUUGAGGAGAUUACGGGAACGUGUGGAUCAAGAUGUAUGGGUCAUUGGUGCUGCUGUUGUAAACGCUUUUUAUUCGACGAACCGCAAUCAGAUUGUGUUUCCAGCUGGAAUUCUACAGCCUCCGUUCUUCAGCACGCACCAGAUUCAAGCUCUGAACUUUGGGGGAAUCGGGAUGGUGAUUGGCCAUGAGAUCAUACAUGGAUUUGAUGACAAUGGAAGAAACUAUGACAAGGACGGCAACAUGUAUGAUUGGUGGAGUAAUUAUUCAGCCAGCAAUUUCAAAGUGCAGUCAGGUUGCAUGGUGCAUCAGUAUGGGAACUACACCUGGGAUUUAGCUGGGGGACAGAAUGUAAGUGGGAUCAGCACUCUGGGUGAAAAUAUCGCAGACAAUGGAGGCGUCAGGCAAGCAUACAAGGCCUAUUUGAAAUGGGUGAAGAGAGAAGGAGAAGAAGUAGAAUUACCUGGCAUGAAUCUGACGCACAAACAACUUUUUUUCCUUAACUUUGCACAGGUAUGGUGUGGUUCAUACAGGCCUGAGUAUGCGAGCCAGGCCAUCAAAAUUGAUGUUCACACCCCUCUGCAAUUCAGAGUCAUUGGUUCCCUCCAAAACUUUGAAGCUUUUGCCGAGGCCUUUCAGUGCUCAAGUGGUGAAGUGAUGCACCCAACCAAGAAGUGCCGUGUGUGGUAACCAAAGAGCAACAGCACAGUUAGUGCAGGCCUUCAAAAACCUGUCGCUGAGCUCUAUAGGUGGCUGAAGCCAAUAGAUGUGCCUAAUAAUCCUUCUCCAAUUAGUCACUGCCAAGGUUCUUACUCUUGUUCGCUGUUGUUUUGGGUGUGUACAGACCAAGGAAUGGCUGUGGGCUGGUUAAACACAUCCUGCAAACAAUCACUGUUUUAUACCUUAACACGACUGUUACCUGUUACUUACAUUCAGUAAUAACAUCAAGGUGCUUUAAUCAGCAUAGAAUCCUGUACUUAAAGUGUAAACCGUUUUGUAGUUCAGGAGUCUGUGCAAAUUGCCAGCUCGUCAAAUGGUUCAAGGAGAGGUGGACAGUUUUUGUAGUGGAAGGCACAUUAUGAUUAACGAGGGCAAUUGUUACACUCUGGUAGAGUCUGUCUCAUAAGCAGUGCUUAAUAAUUUUAACAAUUCCUGCAUGCCAAGGCUAAAACGUGUUACAAUGACGUGUCCUAGUUGCUUGAAACCUGUUUCAGCUUCUAUUUCCCAGCUCAGGUGAACUGUGUGAAACAAUGUGACAUUUUGUGAUGAUAUUUCUUAAAAAAAUAGUUCCCCAGUGCUGCUCAACAGUAUAAACGUCUUCAAAAAGUGGUAUUUGAAAACCUUUUAUUGAUAGCAUUUAAUGUGCUUUAGUCCAAGUAUGUAAUCUUUCACAAGCUGCGCCUUAUUUUUUAUAUGUUUAAUCAUGUAUCAAUGAUUUAUACUAUAUUGUUUGUAUCCAAAAAAACAAUCAUUUGAGAAAUCAUCUUUUAAUGGUCUAUUUAAUCUUGGUGAGUUGUGUUUGAUUUUAAUAUAUUGCUGUUCCGUCAUUAUUUCCCAAUAAAUUCUUUAUGACUGUUACGGAUGUUUGUUUAUUUUAUGUGAGAAGAGAACUGGGUCAAAGUGGGGUCCUGAUGACUCCCCCUCCUCACUCACUGGACCUCCCUCUGCCAUCCCUCCAGAGUCUCAGUAGGAUUUAAACUCAGUGGGAAUGAUUUGGCAGCAGCAUAAUUUUUUAACUCGGUUACAAACUCAUUUAUUUUGAGAUGGUUCCUUAACUGGCCCCUCAGCUGUCUGCGUAUGCUAUUGUAACAAGGGAUGAGCUGUAAAUGCAAGUCUGGCCAUCAAUACGUCACAGAUUACUUACACCAGAGUGGCACCAGGUGCCAGAAUGAGUCAACCACUGGCUCAAUCUCAAUGACAUCGUAAAUCCAAAUAAGGCAGAGAUAGGAGACGUGUGUUGUUCAUUUCGCACUGGACUCGAGACACAAACAACAUCAGAAGAGGCAGAGUAACAAGUGAGGAGCCAAAUGAAGACUGGAACUGAAGCCAAGUCGAAUUGUGUUUAUUCUCAUCUGCACUAGUAGGUGCCAUGAAAACUUGUCCACAGAAAAUCAUACAUAAUUGAUGUACUCCAGGGAGGCAGUCAUGUUGGAAUUGCUGUCCAGCUCCACCGCCGAUUUUCCACAGCCUUGCCGGAUUAUCCACAGAAGUCACGUAAUAAUGAUACUAUACACCCCUGACCCACUAAUUAUACCCCUCCCAUGAUCCAAAGCACCGUGGACUGCUAAAAACAUAAAUAAAACCACUGUAAAUUAAACGUGCUUACACUUGACACCACAACAGUCACUUGGUCCGUGCUGAGAGGCCAUAGCUAGGGAUCAUCGUGAGCAAAAUAAACUAGGAAUUGCACAAAACUGAGGGGUCACCACCAACUACAGAUGCAAACAAAUA